CCGUUUCCCGCUUGCACUUUCACAAACCCUAAACCGAAGGUUUUGGACUUGUUUAUGAAUUUGGAAUAGCUUCUCGUGUAGAUACCUCCCCAUCAUUGUAACGCGGGAGACUUUUGAUCCUUGGGGCAGGAGAGCGCGCGUCAGUGCAUAUUGCUUCCUGCCUGAGUUUCUCUUGAGAAUUCGAAAUUCUUGUUGAAUAAAUUGGGAGUAGGUUCACUGCGCCGAAGAAUGUCCAUCGACUCGGGAUUCGAUUGUUGGCAGCGCAAUGUAUGCUCGUGGGACAGUUGUCCUUUUACAGACAGAGGAGGAAUCCAGAGGAACUGAGGAGUCGAGAUUGAGCAAUUGGUGAGGAAGGAUGUCGUUUUUUGGAACUCCCGCGUCACAGCCUGCGCAGUCAGGUGGAUUCAAUGUCGGAUCUUCUCCGUUUGGAGCCUCAUCUUUCGGUAGCGGGGGCAUGUUCUCAACCCCACAAACUGGCGGAAUUUUUGGAGCGAGCUCAACUUCUGCCUUCGGUGCCUCAACGGGUGGAAGUCUUUUUGGCAAUACAACCUCAGCCUUUGGGGGCGCAGCUACGACGCCAUCACUGUUUGGGUCAGCUUCACAAACACAAUCUGGAGGAGGAUUAUUAGGAAGUUCACCGACCUUUGGCCAACCAGGUGCAGGAUUCGGACAGUCAUCUUCUUCUCUUUUUGGUCAGGCCACUACGCCUUCACUGUUCGGACAGCAACAGACUCCUUCCCUCUUUGGCCAAUCGCAACCACAACAAUCUGCCUCCCAGCCGUUCUCAAUGUUUGGACAGUCUUCAGCAUUUGGCCAAGGUCAGCCUUCACUAUUUGGUCAAUCACAACCACAGCCUCAAUCGAAUCCUUUUGGGGGGUCCUUCAACCAAACUCCGGGAUCCAUGUUCGGUGGUCCUACAAAUUUCAACACCUCAACUCCUCAGCAAAUGUUCCAGUCAUCACAGCUGACCACGCAGAUGGCUCCUGUUGCUCCUCUGGUCAUUCCCCUGCCCGAUAGGGAAGCACAGGCUUUUAUUGACGCAUAUAAGGAAGAGCCUGGUAAUCCGAAAUACGCGUUUAAGCAUCUACUUCUGAGCGUCACAGAUCCUUCCUUGCGGGUGAAGCCUGUCGGUGUCUCUGAUAUAAUGUGGGCAGAAGCUAUGAACAACUUGGCGGGUAUGGAAAGCGCUGAUCGGGAAAGAUUAUGGCCUGAACUCGUUCAGGGCUUCAAAGAUUUAUCUAAUAGGAUGAAGCUACAAGAUGACUGUAUUACAGCUGAUGUCCAGAGACUCCAAGCAACCGAAGCCAACGUCAAGCUGUUGCAUCGACAUUUCGAUACAGAUACUGUCCCUUGGAUCCAACGACUGAGACAUAAGGAACAAGAGCUUCAACGGAGGCUUCUGAAGGUCAUGAGGAUUGUGGAGGCUCUAGAAGGCAAAGGAUUUCGCAUGCCAUUGACUAAAGGAGAAGCUAAAGUUGGAGAGCAGCUGCGAACAUUGACCCGUCAACUACAAGGUCCUACAGCAGAACUUCCGCGAAAGGUGGACGGUUUGUUAUCUAGAUCUCGAAUGCAAGCAGGAGUCGGCCAAGGUUCGGCGAUGCUCCUCGGGCCAGGCAAAAUCGAGGAGCAAAGUCUGGGAAAUAUGCAUGCGGUCCUACGGCAACAAACGGAAGCCAUUGCUCAUAUCACCAAUGUACUCAAAAAGGAUACCAGAGAUAUCGAUAUCAUGUUAUCAGAAAACGCAGAUAUGGUUGUAGAUGGGGACGCCAGUCAAAGGGCCUUAAUGAGAAAUGUCAAUAGUGAUAGUGCGAAAGUGGGAUCUCCAUUUAAAAGGCUUACUACUAGAUUAUAUUAGUAUUGUCAAAUUCGCCCUCCAGUAGGUGGUUAGCAUCUGUGCUUGCAGCCAAGCGUCUACUGCUUCCGCAAAAUUUUGUAUCUUAGUACGACAAUCUGAUUGGUCAUAUGGUGAUAAUGUCUCUGAAGGUUCUGUGAUCAGUGUUAAUUUUCUCCAGGAGUAGAACUUUUAAUCCUUGAUGCUCCUCACGGGACGAGAUGGGUCUCGUGUUUAGGCUGGAAAAUUGCGUGGAAAGCUAUUGGUCUUUCGCAGUUGAGUACAUGUGUCUUUCCCAUUUAAAGCAAAGAAUGUAAAGAUUAUCCAUCUCGUUGCAGAAACUCCCCGAUUGAAAUCCUGUUCAAGGAACGUGCCUUGCCGAAGGGACAUUUUCAAGAUGAGUCAUAUUUUCUCUUCUUCGCAGGGAGCCGAGGCCGAACAGAAGAUCGUUACUCAUGUUGUGACUGUAAUCUAAAUCCGUGCAUGGCAAUGUUCCACCACAUCUAAAACAUUGUACACGACGAUGUGGUGGAACUAUUCCCAUUUUAUUUUCCAGUAGGCCACACCGUGAUCAACUGAUGUGUGCUCCACAUAGCGGUCGGCCCGGCUCGGCUCGGUUCAGCUCGGCUGGAGCCGUUAGUACAUGGAGCUCGGAGCCG